GCCGGACGUGGAGGUGAGGUCUGCUCUUCCAGCUCUCUUGCCCUCCGCCCCGCUGCGAGCCGGCAGGAUGGCCCACAAGCAGAUAUACUACUCGGACAAGUACUUUGACGAGCACUACGAGUACCGGCAUGUCAUGUUACCCAGAGAACUUUCCAAACAAGUACCCAAAACCCAUCUGAUGUCUGAAGAGGAAUGGAGGAGACUUGGUGUCCAACAGAGUCUAGGCUGGGUUCAUUACAUGAUUCAUGAACCAGAACCGCAUAUUCUUCUCUUUAGACGACCUCUUCCAAAAGAUCAACAAAAAUGAAGUAUAUCUGCGGAUCAUCAAAUCUUUUUCAAAUUUAAUGUAUAUGUGUAUAUAAAGUAGUAUUCAGUGAAUACUUGAAAAAAAUGUACA